UUGACAUUAACUCAUAUAUUUGGCGCAAAUUUUGGAUAGAGAUGCAAUGUGUUCCUUUGUUGUACAUAAUUUUUUAGCGUUGAUUCAUUAUUUCUUCUGACACUCUCGCGAACUCUCCAACAAGAUCAACAUAUACUUCUAGAAUCAAUUUCUCCUAAUUAAAUUUAAAUACCAAUAAUAAAUUGACCUUAAUGGCAAGAGAUUUAGAUCCCUUAAACAUAUUUGAUCUCUAACUCUCACAUGGAAGUGUGCCUCAUAAAUCCUCUAAUGAAAAUUAUUUUGCACGGUUAGUACGUCUCCGUUAAACUCUAAAAUAUAUCCAAAUAGUUGAGGGACUAAAAAUCAAUUCUAUGUAAGUAAUGGACGGUGACCUCUAGUCAAUUAUUUCCCAUAAAAUGGGAAUAUUGUUCUCAAAGUUGUACACCCUAGUCACUCAAACUCUCAUAAACAUUUUCCACAACUCAACAAAUUCACACCACAGAAACAUGGAAUUAGAAAACAUAGAACACAAAACAGUAACCGUCAAUGGCAUAAACAUACACAUAGCUGAAAAGGGUCAAGGUCCACUCAUCCUCUUCAUCCAUGGUUUCCCUGAUCUAUGGUAUUCAUGGCGCCACCAGAUCACAUAUCUAGCUUCUCUCGGUUACCGCUGUGUGGCACCGGACCUCCGCGGAUACGGUGACACUGAUGUACCAGAUUCACCAACAUCCUACACAAGCCUCCAUGUUGUCGGUGACAUAAUCGGACUUCUCGACGCAAUUGCUGCUGAUCAAGAGAAUGUGUUUGUUGUUGGUCAUGAUUGGGGUGCUCUUAUUGCUUGGUAUCUUUCCCUUUAUCGCCCUGAAAAAAUCAAAGCUCUUGUUAAUUUGAGUGUUUCUUUUACUCCUAGAAACCCCAAAAGAAAGCCUCUUGAUACUCUUAGAGCAGUUUAUGGUAAUGACUAUUACAUCUCCAGAUUUCAGGAGCCUGGUGAUAUAGAAGCAGAAUUUGCUGAGAUUGGCACUGAAAGAGUUCUUAAGGAAUUUCUGACAUACCGAAACCCCGGUCCACUUUAUCUACCUAAGGGUAAAGGUUUUGGACAUCCUGUUGAUUCUCCUAUAGUGUUGCCUCCAUGGUUAUCUGAAGAAGAAUGUAAUUACUAUGCCUCUAAAUUUGACAAGACUGGUUUCACAGGAGCAUUGAAUUACUACAGAAAUAUAGAUCUAAACUGGGAGCUCAAUGCUCCAUGGACUGGUGCCAAGGUCAAAGUUCCAGUUAAGUUUAUCGUGGGUGAUCUUGAUCUUACCUACAAUGCACCUGGUGCAAAAGAUUACAUUCACAAAGGUGGGUUGAAAAGUGAUGUGCCACUUCUGGAGGAUGUGGUUGUAAUUGAAGGGGCAGGACACUUCGUCCAUCAAGAAAGGGCUGAUGAGAUCAACAAACACAUCUAUGAUUUCUUCAAAAAAUUCUAAUUUGCUCUGGGUGUGCAUUUGGAAUGGCGUCUCUUUGUUCCAGCUUUGGUUGUAUCUUUGUUCUUGCUGAGUGUUCAUGCUCAGGUUUUAUUAAGUGUGAUAUGAAUAAUGUCUAAGUACUUUGUCUAUGAGCUCUUCAUUCUCUGGGUUUGUUAAGGGCUAUCUGAAUAAUUGCAGUGUACAUGUCUAUGAACUCUUCUCGUCUAUUGAAUUUAUAAACAUUUAAUUUAAAAUAAAA